AUGGAUUUCUUAGAUCCAGCAUCCCCCAAACCGAAAAAGAACAUCACAACACUUCCCGACAAAACAACAUUAGACGUCAAAUGUAAAGACAUAAUCGAACAUUGGGGAGUCAUUUGGGACAACUUUGAACGGAUUUUAUCGACUCGAAAGGACUCUCCAUUACUCACUGUUCCCUGGAAAUAUAACGAUCAAAAUUUUCAGUUAUCCCAUCCGAGUUCCCACGUCGCCUCUUUUAAUAUCAAAUUAUUUCCCGAUUACUUUAAUAAACAAUUGCACAUUGUUUAUAACAAUCCUGUGUUACCUAUUAAACAUUCCCAAGUCCUAGUAGAGAAAUAUUGUAUGAACCAAUACCUCCACUUGAUACCCAUUAAAUCACAAUACACCUUAAUUGAUACCAAGUCGAGGUCUUCGAAACUUCCCGGCUAUUAUAUCUUCAAUUAUGGGACUUUUAAAAGUGAAAGAGUGAUGUAUGAUGAUAUAGUAGUUACUGUCCAUGUUCCUUGUAUGGUCAAAUUCUCGGGAAUUACUUACCCCAUUUUGUCAAUGUCUUUUGCGUUUGUGAUUCCUUCGGACUUAGACGUGACGACUAACACAUUUUUGUGGGACGUCUUUUUGGACUCACUCAAUUUGAUCUUCUUUGAAUUCCAAGUCACUCACUUCGAAGAAAAAGGAAAGAACAAAGAAAGCUAUCAAUUACUCGCCAAAAAGCUCUCGGAUGUAAUAAACAAAUUUGACGAGUAUAUGUUGGCGAUGACCACCGCAAUUAAAAAGAAGGAAAUCAACGAAAUUUGGACCAACAAAAAAUACGUCCAAAAAAUCAUUGAAAAUCACUUGGUCUCCACUUACACACUAAUCGUCUCAGAUAACUUGCCUGACGCUUAUUUCGCUUAUAACAUCUGCUCUUCAUUGGACGCACCAGACUUAUUUAAUCAACCACUGACCUCCCCUAUCACUCCUAAAAUACUUAACGUCCCAAACCCUUUCUUUAGAACUAUGUGUUUGACAUCUUUCUCAGGAGAGUACUUCUUUAGUCUCCCUUUUCCGUAUUGCGUCAUAUCGACGGCAGAACAAAGUGUCUCAAGAAUAUCAGCACAAAGCACCUUCCUCUACUUCAUCAAGAGAACUAACUACUUGCUCCUCUUCGCUUCGAAGAAACUCGGGGUCACCGGGUUUGUCCCUUCUAUACAGUUGAAGGAAGAAUUGGUCAACCCUAAUGAGUCUAAUUUGUUAACCCCUUACAGUCAUAUCUUCGAGGUCGUUGACCACAACAUCUUGGAAUUGUUUUUGUUCAAAAUAUGCGACUUGUUGGUACUCAAAGCUAGGACCAUCGUCGGAAUGAUCACACAGAAGGAAAUAGUCCAAAGGAAGAUCGAGAAUAGUAAGACUAAAGAAAUCAAAAAUAUGAUCCAGACAGACGACGAAGGAAUAAAGAUCAUCCUCGGACUCUGGAAAUUCACAGACCCUAUUGCAGUAGCUAUGGUAACACAGAACGUCGAGGAGAAGUAA